AUGUGGUCUAUACUCUGGGUUGUGACGACCCUUAUAUCGAUCGUGGCAGCCGAUCCUAAUAUGAAAGAGCUUGCAGGCACGUGGACUUCAAAGCUGAACACAGUUUUCACAGGUCCAGGGUUCUAUGAUCCAGUGGAUGAACUUUUGAUCCAACCAGAUCUUCCAGGAAUUUCAUAUUCUUUCACUGAAGAUGGUCACUAUGAAGAAGCAUUGUACCGCGUGACUUCCAACUCACAAAAUCACUCUUGUGCCACCGCUGUGUUGAUCUACCAGCACGGAACUUAUGAGAUCUUGAAUAACGGCUCGUUGGUGAUGACGCCCAUUGCUGUUGAUGGCAGACAAUUAUUGAGUGAUCCAUGUGGCUAUAGUGAAACCGAAUCUCAGUAUACCAGAUAUGUCCAACCAACAUGGUUUAAGGCCUACUACGUCCAGGUGGACUCGUAUAGUGGAAAAAUGAAGCUUCAAAUCUACCAAUUUGAUGGCUCGUUGAUGCAGCCUUUGUAUUUGGCUUACAGUCCUCCAUUAAUGUUGCCCACAAAAGCAUUGAAUCCCACCGACAAGGCUUCUGAAACCAAGAGUUCACUCAGAAGAAAGGUCAAGAGAUCGUUGGAAAACCAGUACCGAACGACCGCUGUCAAAAGCUUCAACUAUGAAAAGUAUGACAAGUACUGGUGGGCUGCUGUGGGUGUCAUUGGGAUUGCAUCAGCUUCCGUGUUUUUGCAUUAG